AUGGCUUGGCCUUGCUGGCUUGCUCCAUCGAUCCAUCCACAUUAUAAGCUCCAGAGUCCGCGAGCCGAGAGCUCAGUCCCAGAGCACGGAAGGGAGCUCAUGGCGAAGGGGACGCCAUGCAUGGCGCUGCUCGUGCUCCUCGUCGGCGUGGCUGACCGAGUGGUUUCGACCGCCACGGACGGCGGCCUAUUGCCGAACGGCAACUUCGAGGAGAGACCAGACAAGUCCCAGCUGAACGGCACCAUUGUGAAGGGUCGCUUCUCGAUACCGCGCUGGGAGAUCUCAGGGUUCGUGGAGUACAUAGAGUCCGGGAGGCAGGGGGAGUUGGUGCUACCGGUGCCGGAGGGCGCGUGCGCCGUGCGGCUGGGCAACGACGCGUCCAUCCGGCAGAAGAUCAAGGUGACGCGGCGUACGGAGUACUCCAUCACCUUCAGCGCCGCGCGCACCUGCGCCCAGGCCGAGAAGCUCAACGUCUCCGUCAUAUUCGACUCCGGCCUCCUCCCCAUCCAGACCGUCUACACCAGCAGCGGCUGGGACUCCUACGCCUGGGCCUUCAGGGCCAAGCACACCGUCGUGUGGCUCACCAUCCACAACCCCGGCGUCGAGGAGGAUCCGGCGUGCGGCCCCCUCAUCGACUCGGUUGCUAUCAAGACCCUUAGUCGUCCCCGCCGCACCAAGAGUAACAUGCUGAGGAAUGGGGACUUCGAGGAGGGCCCGUACAUCUUCCCGGGGUCGACGUGGGGCGUGCUGGUGCCGCCCAUGGACGAGGACGACUUCUCGCCGCUGCCGGGGUGGAUGAUCAUGUCGGACACCAAGUCCGUCAAGUACGUGGACGCGCCGCAGCACAGGGUGCCGCAUGGCGCGCGGGCCGUGGAGCUGGUGUCCGGGAGGGAGACUGCGCUGGUGCAGGAGGUGGCCACCGUGCCGGGGCGCUCCUACAGGAUGCUGUUCUACGUCGGGGACGCGGCGAACGGCUGUGAGGCCUCCAUGAUCGUCCAGGCGUACGCGGCGCGGGCGAGCCAGCAGGUGCAGUAUGACUCCAAGGGCGUGGGUGGGUACAAGCGCGGCAAGAUGGAUUUUGUGGCGGUCGACAAACUCACGCGCGUGGUGCUCCAGAGCAUGAACUACCACAUGAAGCCUGACGGGACGCUGUGUGGACCGGUCGUGGACGACGUGUCUCUCGUCAGCGUUCGCAAGGGCGCUGCUCGCCGGUUAUUCAGGUGAACUUUUUUCGGUUUACCGAGCACUAGCGAGUAGCGACCUCUUAAAAUUAAGUGUAGGAGGAAAUUUGUGGCUAAAGUGAGUGUGCUGAUCUGUAAUAGACUCAUAGUGUAAUCGCUGGAGAGGGUCUAUUAUUGUAGUAGGCUUGCCAAACUAACUGCACCCAAAGGUAUGUCAUGAUGAUUUAGAUAAUUUAUUUAUGAAGAUAGGGUCCCUCUAGGACUCCGAUUGAUGUUAUCGAA